AGAUAGGGUUCCUUUGUGGCUUUGGAGCCUGUCCUGGCACUAGCUCUGUAGACCAGGCUGGUCUCAAACUCACAGAGAUCCGCCUGCCUCUGCCUCCCGAGUGUUGGGAUUAAAGGUGUGCGCCAUCAUCGCCCAACUGUAACGAAUAUCUUGGCCAUGUCUUUGAGCAAUGAUGGAUGAGUGCAGAUAACUUAACGGAAGGAAUUAGGUCAUGAGGCUGAAGAGCUUCCAAAAGCUGUCCUAGGGAAGAGGACGGGGGAAGUGUUUUUGAAGUCUUAGCACCCAUGGCUAGAACAGUGAAAAUAUCCACAAAAGGCACCCAGAAGAUGCCACGAACACUGGAAAACUCUGGACACAGGUGUCCGAGUGAGCAGAGGGCAGUGUUAAUAGCAGCCUUACUGAACCGACCCUAGCCUCUGACGGGAGACAAAGUCCUGGGCAGGGGGACACAGUCAGGCCGGAAGGCCGCCCAUUGCAGCCGAGGUGCUCAAACCGUAAUGAGCCCCUACGUAAAGAGGACAGAAAAAGUUCAGAAAGAAGAGGUGAGAACUCGAAGCUCUGAGCUUCCAGGCACAGGUAAAAACAGGUCUAGCUGAGGGUGGAAGGCCGAGGCGGGGGGUUAGCACCCAUACCCAGGACAUGCCAGAGAAAGCUGGGAGCUCAACCGGACAAUCUCCACAAUCUCCUGGUGAGAGGGCACGGUAAGCCAACCCAGAUGAACUCACAAACUAGCCGCUGUUGAUGUCAGAGGGCCAUGUUCAGAUAAGUGGAACAUGUGGGGGCGGUUGCAGGUCAUCUGUCCUGACCUUGUCCCAGGAGGAGCCAAAAAUGGGAGCCACGGCCUCAGGUGAAAAUACCAGGAUGAAAAGCUCUCACAAGCACACAGCACCAACUGUUAUUCUUUUUGUUCUGCAGGGUUGGAAAGUAAACAUGAGGCGCACGGCGGUCCCACGUGGGUAAACUUUAAUGGGGGGGGUAAUGACAGGUGAGGGACGGGGGUGAAGAGAUGAAAAGGGGCGAGUUAUGGUGUUCCCUGUUUUUAAGGGGUAUCUAGGUGCGUCUGGGAAAAAAUAUCCUGCACAUGCAUGGCUUUUUGUUGUGGGAAUUGUAGUUUGGUGGGGUGCUGUAUCCUCUGCCACUUCUGGGAAUUGUAGUCCAGUGAUCCUUCUGUGCAUGUGCGAACUUUUCGUCUCCAAAAGGAACAACAUUGUGGAGUACAGAUUUUUGAAUUAUGACCUAAUGAUUCUAUGUAUUUCUUUGGUGUCUGUUUCUAUGUGUCCUUUUACUUUUCUGAAUUUGUUAAUUUGAAUUUUAUCUAUAUGUCUUUUAUUUAGUUUGGAUAAGGGUUAUCUAUCUUCUUUAUUUUCUUAAGAAUCCAUCUCUUCGGGCGGUGGUGGCACAUGCCUUUAAUCCCAGCACAAACCUGGAGGCAGAGGCAGGCAGAUCUCUGUGAGUUCGAGACCAGCCUGGUCUACAAGAGCUAGUUCCAGGACAGGCUCCAAAACCACAGAGAAACCCUGUCUCGAAAAACAAAACAAAACAAAACAAAAAAAGAAUCCAUCUCUUUGUUUCAUUGAUUCUUUGUAUUGUUCUCUUUGUCUAUUUUUUUUUAUUCCAAACCACACUUUGAUUACUCCCUGCGAUCUAAUACUCUUAGCUAUGUUUGCUUCUUUUGUGUCUAGAGCUUUCAGGUGUGCUGUUAAGCUGCUAGUAUGAGAUCUCUCCAAUUUCUUUAUGCUAACUCUUAGUGCUAUAAAUACUUUCCUCUUGGCAUUGCUUUCAAUUAUGUCCCAUAAGUUUGAAAAUGUGCAUUAAUGUUCAUUAAAUUCUAGGAAGUCUUUAAUUUCUUUAUUUCUGCCUUUGCACAGUAGUCAUUCAGAACAGAGUUGUUCAGGUUUCAUUAGUUUGUAGUAAUCUGUGGUGGUCUGAUAGGAUGCAGUUUUUUUUUUUUCAAAUUUCUUAUUUCAGUUGAGAUUUGCUUUGUCACUGAAUAUGUGGUCACAGUUGAACACUACUCCAUGAGGUGCCGAGAAGAAAGUAUAUUCUUUUGUUUUUGAGUAAAAUGUUCUGUAGUUGUCUGUUAUGUCCAUUUGUUUCAAAACAUCUGUUAGCUCCAGAAUAUCUCAGUUGUGUUUUUGUCCAGAUGAUCUGUUCUUUGGUUAAAGUGGGAUGUAGAAGUCUUUAACUAUCAAUGUGUGAGAGUCAAGUGUGAUUUAAGUUUCAGCUGUGUUUCCUUUAAAAACAUGGGUGACUUUGCAUUAUGAGCAUAGAUGCUAAGAAUUGAAAAAUUAUCUUGUUUGAUUUUUCCUUUGAUGAGCAUGAACUGUCCUCCAUCUCUUUUGAUUACCUUUGAUUUGAUAUCUAUUUUGUUUGGUAUGAUAAUGGAUACUCCUGCUUUUUUCUUAGGUCCAUGUCCUUGGAAAAUCUUUUCCCAAACUUUUCCUCUGAAGUAAUAUUUAUCUUUGAUGCCGAUUUGUAUUAUUCAUAUAGAGCAGAAGGAUGGAUCCUGUUUUCACAUCUAGUGUGUGUAUUUGUGUAUUUUUAUUGGGGAAUUGAGUCCAUUGAUAAUGAGAGACAUUAAUGGCCAAUUAUUGCUGCUUCCUGUUACUAUGUUGUUGGUGGUGAUGGUGGAAGUGUGUGUGUGUGUUUCCCCUUUUAGGGUUUUAUUGGUAUGAGGUUAUUUAUUGUCUGUAUUUUUUUGGAUGUCGUUAACCUCCUUGGUUUGAGUUUUCAUUUUAUUACCCUCUGUAGGAAUAAAUUUAUGUAUAUUGUUCUAAAUUUAUUUUUUUACGGACUAUCUUCUUUUCUACUUCUAUAGUAACUAAGUUUUGUUGGGUAUAGGAAAAUGGGCUGGUGUCUAUGUUCUCUUAGAAUCUUUAGAACAACUGUCCACCUUCAGGUGUUUAAAAUAUCCAUUGAAAUGUUGGUUAUAUACUUCUAAUAUGUCUUCCUUUAUAUAUUACUUGGCAUUUUCCUUUGCAGAUUUUAAUAUUUUCUUUGGUCUGUAUGUUUUGAUUAUUAUAUGGUGAGGGGACUUUCUUUUCUUGUCAAUUCUCUUUGUUGUUCUGUAAGUUUUUUAGACCUUUAAAAGCCUGUCCUUUAGGUCAGAUUUUCUUUUUCCAAAAAAGUUUCUUAAAAUAAUUUUCUGGGCCUUUGAUCUGAUAUUAUUCUCGUUUUUUUCAGUUCCAAAGUGGCUGUACAAGUUUUUACUCCACCAGCAAUAAAAGAAUAUUCUCUCUUUUCCACAUAAUUGCUGGCAUGAGCUGUUACUUGUGGUUUUUAUCUUAGCAAUCUGACACCUAUAAGAUUAGCUGGAGUAGGGAGAAGUGGGGGAAUGGGGUAAAUACACUGGUCAUGUAUGAAAUUAUCUAUAGGUAUAGUAAUUUAUACUUAUGUCCAUUUCUGAUAUAGUUGAUGUAGCAGCACUUUAGUAAGUGAUCAGUAGUAUGCUUUUUUUAAAUUUUGCUACUCAUAAUACUUAAGAUAGUAAGUGUAAGUACAUAAACUAUAAGUUAUGUUUAAUAAGUGAUAAAAUUAUAUGAGUUAUUUAAUAAUAGUAUUUUAAAAUUUGUUUCAGCUAAAAUAGCUAUAUAAUAACAAUAAUUAAGACAUUUCUUUAGAUACAUGCAUAUAAAACAUGUUUCUAUGAAAGAGAAUGUAUAGAUGCUAUUGUUCUUUUAAAGCGGGUGGGUGUGUAGACGAACACAGGAUGGACAAGACACGCGCAAAAGGAGUAGACAGACAUGCGGCUCCCAUGUGGGUGCACUUUAAUGGGGGGGGGACAUGAUAAGGGACAGGUGUGCAAGAUACACAAGGGUAAAGGGCAAGAAAGAGCGAGACCUCAUAGAAACUCGCUUUUUAACAGGAAGCGCGAGGGUAUCUGGGAGAAAUGACCCACACCUGUGCGCGCCCGCGUGUGCAGGUAUCCGUAAUCCGGGAGGAGUCUGGGAGCUGUAGUUUCCAAAAGGAACAACAGAUGCUACCUUAAAAGUUAAAAAAAAAAAAAAAAAGAGAGAGAGAUGUCAAAUGGAAAAAGAAAGCUAAUAGAGUAGUAUAUAUCUAUUUGGACUACAAGUCAAAUACAUGAGACAAAGACCAAGCAAGAGAUGAACUAGUUUAACAACAGCAUAGUGAAUUAGAAGAAAGUUGAGAGAGAAGGUACAACAUUUUGGUCAGUACUUGUUAUUACUGUGAUGGAAAUGGAUGAAUGAAAUAAAAAAAUAAUGGUAAUAAGUAUUUGGUCAGCUUUAGAAAAAUAAUUUUGCAUUUAUAAAAUUCAAAUAUAGUUCAAACUGGAUUGUGAUAGUAAAUGCCAUUAAUUUCAGCACUUCUGGGAUCAUAUCCCAGAAGCAUAUGGAUCUUUGUGAGUUUGAGACGAGCCUAGUGAGUUCAAGAGUAUCCAAAGCUAUUACAGAGAGAAAGCCUAUCUUGAAAAAAGUAAAAUAAAAUAAAAUACAGUUAAAAACAAUAAAAUCUGGAUAUUAAUAAUUGAAAAUACAGAAUAAGUUUCAAAGAAUCCUGAGGUAUUCAUUUGAUGAUACUCUGGUCACUUGUGGAAGCUAAGAGAUAGCAUUGAACAUUUAGGAGUGGUUUGUGGUUAUUUCAGUCAUAUUCUGAGUUAUGAGUCUAAAUAACAUUAUAUAGGAAAAGAAUACUAUGGAAGGAAAGAGUUCAAAGAAGCAAGCAUUAAUAACAAUAUGUAGAAUUCCAUUAGAAGAGGUGGACACAAGGAAGAAUGUGAGUCAGAACAAUCUUUAAUGUUGCUAUAAACAGAAAUGGGGUAUUUUUUUCAGAAUUAAAAGAGGAAUAAAGCAUUGUAUCUCAAAAAAUGAAGAUUUAAAACAGGACUUAAACAAGUAAUUGAGGCUUAUCCACUGUGCAGACCAUAUAAUUUUACUAUUAUGAAACUACCAGAGUAGGCAAGAUAUAUUUAUAAUUUCAUUGUAUAUGGUGGGAUAAAUGUAAUUUUCCUGUAUAUGAGCAUGGGAAACUCAUGUAGGUGAUGGAAACCUUCUGCAGAUGAAUUAAGACAUUUCUUAAUAACUCUAAAUUUGUUAAAAUCCCAUAAAUUGAAAACAUGGAAGGUGUUAAUUUUUCUACUUUCAUAUUAAUUACAUAUUAUUUAUGCAUAAUUGGUUUUAUUGCAAUUAUUCAUAAAUAUAAAUGUUAUUUUAUUAUAUUUUCCUUGUUACACUCUUCACUCUUAUCUUCUCCUAUUUUUCCAAUAUCCCAUUUCCCAAUUAGCCCCCAUAAUUUUUCAAUGGUUUAUUGUCAGGGGCAGUAGGCCCCAACAUAGAAGUUAUUUUUUUCCUAAUUUAACCGGUAAGGAGGUGCAAGAAAUAACCAGACACAGUUUACACAGUCAUCACGAAAUGGCAUCUCAGGCUUCAUCCAUCCUGAAGAUCUACCUGUGUUUAUUAUACAAAACACCUUUUAUCCCCCAGGUAAAGGAAGGUGGAAGCUCAUUAAUAUUCUCUUUCUGGGCAAAGGAGGGGGUGGUGCUAGGGUGCUAGGGAAACACCUGCAACUUAGUCACCAGCUUUAACAAACAACUCUCCCCAGGCAAUCUACAUUUUUAACAAAGGAGAAAGGAGCAAUACAUCCUGGCCUUUGUUAGGCAGCUGUCUUACUUGUUUGGCAGGGUUGCAUCUGCCUAGUGGCCAGUGAGCCUGCCUAUAAAUUAUUUUAUAUGAAAUAUGGGCCCACAAUUUAUUUAUAUAAAGAUCCAGGCAGUUAUUUUCAAUUGUAAGUUAUAAAUUUUAAAAAUUGUUACUGAAAAUAAAAAAAAUCAUUAGUAAAUGCAGUAUUUUUAGAGACUUAGAUAACUGUAUUUUUGCAAUAAUAUUUUGUAAAUAAGAGCUUAUACAAGUAAAAAAAACGAGUCUGAAACAAUGAGGUUUGUUUAUGAAUGUCAUAAGAAUUCUUAAAUGAGUAACAUUUUUUGAAAAUAUUGUGAAUGUUUCUAUACAGUCCUAAAAAUCUGAGUUUACCUUGUGCUCAUAUAAGGACAGAUAAAUAGGUGAAAUUCAAAUUCACUCAUUAAAUGAAUGAAUAAAAUAAUCAUUUUAUUGUCUUUAUCCUAUUGAUUACUUUUGAAAUAAAUUGUUUCUUUAAAUAUUUAUUCUUUUCAUACAGUAAUAUGAUAAAACAUAACUACAAGAAGUUUUUAUGUCUUGGAGCUGCUGCAACACAUCUGAAUUGCAAGUACUUGAAAAUCAACAAUGACUUCUAAAAGACAAUACAUUGUAUAUCCAAAUAGGUCUUUCCAAAGGGAAAACCAUGUUGCCAACCUAAAUUUAAGGGGGAGGGUUAACUUUCCAUCAUCAAGUUGCAACUCAGAGAAUAGCAUCACUUUCAGAAACCCAGAAAACCGUAAAGUAACUCGAAACUGGAUUAUCUCUAUGCAUAAAAAUGCAGCCAAAGUGUCUGAAGUUGAAAUUUCAAUUCCUCAUAGUCUACACAAAUCCCUUACUGAUUCUAAAGAGCUGUUGAUUAGUUCAAUCAUGGAAGAAUGUGGUAAAGUCCAUAUUCAUUUUCCAAGUACCAAAUUGGGCCUUCAAAAAGUCAUUAUUAGAGGCCCUGCAGAAAAUGUUGAAAAGGCUAAGAAAAAAUUUCUGCAACUUGCAGAAGAGCAAACCAAGAAUUACUCUGUGGUUGUCCCUGUAAAGUCAAAGUAUCAUCAAUUUCUUAUGAGUGAAAAUGGUAUCAAUCUUCAUAAAAUAUGUGAGAAGACAGGAACACGUAUAAUUUUCCCUACCUUUAAGAACAAGAAUCAAGAAUCAGUAACAAUCAUAGGGACAGAAGAGGCUGUUAAAGAUGUGCAAAGAGAGGUAGAGGUUUUACUGAAAGAUCUGGAGAAUGUGGUAGAAGAUAGCAUACUAAUAAAUCCCAAAUUCCACAAUUACUUUGUCAUGCAAAGGGGACAGCUUUUACAAAAAAUAAUUAAGGAAUAUGGUGGAGUUUUUAUUAACUUUUCAUAUGCAGGAAAAGAGAGUACAAAAGUCACAAUAAAAGGAGCAAAGGCUUGUGUUGAAGCAGCGAAGAAACAUAUUCAAGAGAUAUUUAAGCCUUUGGGUUCCCAAGUCACAACACGGUGUGUUGUUCCCCCCAAAUUCCAUCCUUUUAUCAUGGGACCUAUAUGCUCUAGAAUUCAGCAAAUUACAAGAGAUUUUAAAGUUCAAAUCAAGAUUCCAGAUGCAGAAAAACCAACUACAAAUACACAUCUAGAGCUUCAAGAUACUGGAAAAGAAAAGGAGGAAAAGAACACUAAAGGGCCUACUUCAACUUCUCCAAAAAAGAGUGACACUAUUUCAGGAAAAGCUGAAAACUGCAAAACAGCCACCCAAGCUCUGGAAUCUCUUGUUCCUGUCACUGCUGAAGUCCAAGUACCUUUUCACCUACAUCCAUACAUAAUUGGGCACAAAGGAAGUGGUUUACGCAAGCUAAUAAAGGAAUUUGAAGUUCAUAUUCAGGUAGCACAACCCGGAGGAAAUUUUCAUAUCAUAUCCAUUACAGGCAUGGAAGCAAAUGUAGAACAAGCCAAGAUGAAGUUGCAAAAACAAGUAAAAGCUUUACAAAUGGAAACAGAUGACCAGACAUUACGAAAUUUUAGGCAAACAUUCAGUUUAGAUCCCAAAUAUCAUUCCAAGAUCUUUGGUAAUAACAGUAUGCUUAUUUCCCAGAUUUGCACAGAAUAUGAUGUUACUGUUCAUCAUGCAAAGAAAGGAAGUGAUCCAAUACAAGAUCAAAUUACCAUUUCAGGUUCUAAAGACAACAUCCUAGGAGUGCGAGAUGCAAUAAUGAAAAUGCUGCGUAAAAUUGAAAAAACAGUUUCUAAGGAAAUCCCACUGAACCAUCAUGUUUGUGCCAAUAUUAUUGGAUUUGGUGGAAAAUCCAUCCAUAAAAUCAUGGAACAAUUCCAAGUAGAUAUCCGUGUACCUUCAAAAGCAACCCGUACUAACUCCAGCAUCAUUGUGAGUGGAUCAUCUUGUAAUGUACAAGACGCAAUUAACUAUAUCUUGACUCUUGAGAAGCAUUUCCUGUCUGUUAGAAAGUAUGAACCUCCACUGGAGCAUGUUAAGCAUGGUGGUACUGGUCACAUAGCUGCAGAAACAUCUAAGACUUUUCAGAAAAGAAAUGCUCUUCGUAAUACAAAAUCUACUUCCCAUCCUCCACGUGUGGACAAUUCUGAAGAUUUUCCCAAAAUGAAACAUCAAGUGCCUCCUAAACCUCAUCCUUGGAGACCAUAACAAGGGUUAAAACAAAUAAAUGGAAAUUGUCCCAACCUGAUUAUCUGAGACUGUUGAUAGCUUUUAUUUUAAAACUGCAGUAGCUUUGGAAAGACUGGCUAAAUUCUUACAUCUUUGCUUUCAGUACAUCACUGCUUAGAUACUACAUAACAUUGUAGUGAAAAUGAUGUGCUUAUGCUUAAAUUCUUGCAACAUAUAGCAACUUAGUUAAAAUUUUCAUUCAGGACUAGAUCCUGAUAAUUUUACACCUAUUGUCUUAAGAUAGUCCAUACAUAACACAGGUUUCCUUUGCUUCACAAAAGCACAAUCAAUUUACUCUUUUUACUUCUUUCAUUAGUUCUAAUUUACUUUCAUAAUGGGAACGAGCUUGGUUCAUACAUGUUAUGCCUUUGAACAUAGAAGAGAAUGCAAAUUGUGAUCAGUGCAUUGUGCUCUUACGGUACAUGCACAUCAAAUACAGCAUACUAGUAGUACUCCAGAGGCACGAAAAUGCUAAAGACCAUCAGAUUGCAUUAAUGGAAUUGUUUUAACAGAUUAUGGUCCUAUUAUUGAGGUACAUGAAAAUACUAUGGUAUUUUUAAAUAUUCUACACACAUACUUAGAAAACUUCCUUAAAAUUUUCAACACAAGAACAGAUUACAUUUUCAUCUUUCUUCCAGCGAACUUUUAGGCUUGGUAAAUUUUUAUUGUGUCAAGGUUGUUUGAUUGUUUUUUUUUUUUUCAUUAAUUUUAUUUUUGAAUGGUUUGUCACUACCAAAAGUACUACUGAUAAAGCUAUAGCUUUGGUUUGAUAUCUAAAAUCCAUAUCCUCCAGUAUUUGCCAUAUUUUAGUUGAGGUAAUUGCCCAAAUCUUGUUAUUUUCACAGGGCUAGCUUCAAUCCACUGAAUUGUUAGUAUAAUGCAUGCAUACCAAACUCCAAAAACCCUCCACUUGGAGGUCUCAAAGUUGAUUAGCACUGUUCUGUGUUGUUCCUGUACCAAGCUAUAUGUUCUCAGUCCAGUUGAGAUUUAUUUCAUUUCCCCCACAGGUGUUUAACCCAUGAUCAUUACCUGUAGGCAAAAGAUUGGGAGGGUGUUGCCUAGUGAAGCUGACUGAACCUUAGGGUAUCUCGGUAUCUCAGUUUUUUGUACACCUAUAUAUGAUCUUUCCAAAAUUCUGUAAGUGCAUGCCUAGCACCACACAGAAUUUAUUAUCUCUAGAUUUUGAGAGACCCUUACCCCUUAUUCUUAAAGG